GGGAAACUUUAUUACGGGUAAAAUGGACUUAAUGUGGCAGGAGCUGUGGGCUUAAUUUCUUGAGAUAAGAUGCUUUUAGGCUAAUCAGAGGGUUUGUGAUGCUGGACUAUAAAGGAGGGGCAGCAGACUUCCUUGAGGCGCCAAAGUUGGGAGGAAGAGACCCCCAUCCUGUUCUGGAAGAGCUGGAAAGGACAUUUGCUCAGGAAAUAACCCUUGGAAGAUACCGGCCAUGAAGAUCUCUCUGCUGCUGGUGUCCCUGCUGCUGGCGGUGGCGCUAGGAGAUACAGGAGAGGGUCAUUCCAGAUUCCACACUAAGGGCAGAGGCUCCGGACCUCGAGGCCGCAGGUACGCCGAGGGGACUUUCAUCAGUGACUACAGUAUUGCCAUGGACAAGAUCCGCCAACAAGACUUUGUGAACUGGCUGCUGGCACAGAAGGGGAAGAGGAAUGACUGGAAACACAGAGUCGCUCAGAGGGAGGCCCAGGCCCUAGAGCCGGCCCAUCAAUCUCACAGGAAGAAGGAGGCCAGGGAGCAGCACGGCGCCCUACCCAAGAAGCUCGGUGAUGAAGAUUUGCUGAAGAACUUUCUGAUUCCAGAGCUGCUGGCCUGGAUGGUGGAUGAGACGGAGCUCUGCAGGCCCAGGUUGCAGUGACUGACUAGACCCGGCUCGGGACUGGACUCUGCCCUUCAUUUACUCAGCUCCGGCCUUGGCCCCACUCCUGGGUACCCUGGAGAAGCCAAACCAAUAAAGUUCAAGCUGAAAUGAA